AUGGCCUGCAAGAAGCAAUGCUCCGGCAGCCGGACCAAGUGGGUCCUCAUUGGCAGUGCCAGUGUGGUUCUGGUUUUCGCCUUUGGGUUGAUCCUGAGCUUCGUGCUGCAGCAGCGCACCCAGCCAGGCUGUGAGCAGGAGGCGGUCUGCCGCCCCGACGCAGACAUGCUGGACUACCUUCAGAGCCUGGGCCACAUCAGCCACCGAGAUGGCCUGCUGGUCACCUGGUACCACGCUGCCAACAGCCAGAAGGAGAUGGAGGCUGCUCUAAGCAGUAACGCCAUGGUCCUGGAGGCAGAUGUCACUGUAGAAGGACUCAACACGGUCAAUGAGACAGGAGUCCCCAUCAUGGCACACCCCCCAGCCAUCUACAGCGAUAACACCCUGCAGCAGUGGCUAGAGGCUGUGCUGGCUUCUUCACAGAAGGGCAUCAAACUGGACUUCAAGAGCCUCAAGGCUGUGGGCCCCUCCCUGGCCCUCCUGCGGCAGCUCACAGAGGAUGGGAGAGUCAGAAGACCUGUGUGGAUCAAUGCGGACAUCCUGAGGGGCCCCAAUGUGCCCAUCUCAAUUGAGGUCAACGCCACACAGUUCCUGGCCUUGGUCCAGGAGAACUAUCCUGAGGCCACCCUGUCUCCGGGCUGGACCACCCUCUAUGUGCCCCUGUUCCCGAACAGAACGUACACCCGAGCCAUGGUGGAGAAGAUGCAGGGGCUGGUGGGAGCACUGCCACAGAAGGUCACCUUCCCUGUGCGGGCUGUCAUGGUGCGGGCUGCCUGGCCCCACUUCAGCUGGCUGCUGGGCCAAUCCCAGAGGUACAGCCUGACGCUGUGGCAGGGCGCCUUGGACCCCGUGUCGGUGGACGAUCUCCUCUAUGUCCGAGACAACAGUGCCUCUCACCAAAUCUACUAUGAUCUCUUCGAACCUGUCCUGUCGCAGUUCAAGCAGCUGGCUGCAAAUGCCACACGGAAGCAGAUUUACUACACGGGAGGCAGCCUGAUCCCACUUCUCCAGUCCCCUGGGGGGGACGGCCUGAGCGUGGAGUGGCUGGUUCCUGACAUCCAGGGCAACGGAAGAGCAGCAACAGUUAGCCUCCCAGACAGAGAAGCCAUGAUCCUGCUGAACGUUAGCCUUCAGGAGCCUGUGGCCAAGGACCCGGUGCCCAUCGUACACGUCCCAGGAGCUCCCGCCCUGACGCUGGAGUCCUGCCUGCAGCAGCUCGCUGGGUGUCCUGGCCACUGGGGUGUCCAUCUGCACAUAGCAGAGCCCUCUGCCCUCCGGCCCUCCCUGGCCACGCUGGCCCACCUCUCCGCCCUCGGCCAGCUGCCUCGGCCCGUGUGGAUCGGGGCCACAGUCUCCCAUGGCAGUUUUGCGGUGCCGGGUCACCUGGCCGGCAAGGAGUUGCUUACAGCUGUGGCUGAGAUUUUCCCCCACGUGACGGUGGCACCAGGUUGGCCUGAGGAGAAGCUGGGCAGCGGCUACAGCGAACAGCUGCUUGAAGAUAUGCUGGAGCUGUGCCGGGGCCUCUGGCAACCCGUGUCCUUCCAGCUGCGGGCUGGGCUGCUGGGCCAAAACACGACCGGCGUUGUGGCCAGACUGCUGGCCGCCUCCCCUAGGGCCACGGUCACGGUGGCGCACGGCCCGUUGGGGGACAGCUAUGCAUCCGUGCGGGCGGCGCUGCUGGCAGCCAGGGCCGUGGACAAGACCCGGAGCUACUACAGACUGCCCCACAGCUUCCGCGAAGCCUUGCUGGAGGAUGUUGGCAGGAACUGA